GUGAGGGGGAGGGGGGGGGAGUGAAAGUUUUACUCUCCCCAAGACUGCUGCAGGUUUUUGCUGCACACUGCUACCAAAAGUUUUGGUCUUUUAAGUGUUGAAAAUAGAGAGAGAAAGAGUGGGAAGUCAGACCAGAACCACCUAGCAGAGCUCCACUCUCUUCUUCCGUCUUCCUCUCUGUGUUUUUCUAUCUGGGUUUAUCUCUUUUGGUUUAAUAAUCUUCGUCGUCUUCAACCUCUGAACUAUACUGUACUUGGGUUUUUUUUUUUUUUUUUUCUUUCUGUUUGUUUGGAGGGAAAGAAAAAGUUUCACCUGCUUUUAUUUCGGGGUUUCUCUGGUUUUUUUUUUUCAUUUUAAUUAUGAUAGUUUCUUUUUAUUGGAUAUCAUUAUGUUAAAAUAAUAAGAGCAUAAUAAUAAAAAGUACCAAGUCACACCCAUUAUUGAUUGCCCUUUUGAAACAAAGUCCAACUUUCCACUCCUUACCCUCUUCUCCUUAUCAUUUAAUCUCUCUCUGUCCCUCAGUCUUUACUCUUCACUCUCUCUUUCUCUCUCUUUCUCUUUCUCUUUCUCUUUCUCUCUGGAAGGGAAGCUUUUUCUGGAGUGGGUGACAGUGGUUGUGGAGUUCAGCAGCCAUGGAUUCCUAUGAAGCAACAAGAAUGGUUUUUUCAAGGAUCCAGAAUCUGGACCCUGAAAAUUCUUCGAAGAUCAUGGGUUACCUUCUUAUACAAGACCAUGGAGAGAAGGAAAUGAUUCGUUUAGCGUUCGGACCGGAAGCUCUGAUUCAUUCUUUGAUUGCUAAAGCCAAAACCCAUUUGGGAAUUCCUUCGAACACUUCAUCAACACCUUCGACUCCUUCUUCUUCUUCUCCAUCUCCCUUUCAGAGACCUAAUCCUCUUGUUCUUAACGCUUCUGGUAUCAGUAAUAACGUUAAUGGCUUCGACAUUACAAACCCAUCUUCUCCUUCUACUCACUGGCCUCUCACCGAUCUUCGCAGCCCGACUUAUGCUAACAUUGUUAAUGGAACCAGCAACCCUGGUUCUGGUUCUGGGUCUUUGUCGUCUACUACCGUAUCGUCUUUAACCUCUGCAUUUCCUUACUAUAACAACGCUAGUAGCUUUGCUGGUAACUGCAAUGACUUCAUUGAUGAUUACCAGCUUCAAGAUCAGCCUUCUUUUCUCAACGACUCCAAAGCUGACGAUCUAUUCGAUCCGCGUCUUGAUUUAGCUGUGAGUCCGGGUCCCUACGGUGAGUCUCCUUUGCACAGGCGGAGCUUCUCGGUGCCCGGCAUGUGUUUCGGGUCGGAAGAUAUGAACUCCGGCUUCGGCUGGAAGCCGUGCUUGUAUUUCGCCCGAGGGUUUUGUAAGAACGGGAGCAGUUGCCGGUUCCUUCAUGGGGAUUCAGCUGAUCCUUCCGCCAUUGUUGGUUCACCCAGCAAGCUCAGUGAGUUUGAACAGUGCCAGGAGAUACUCAGAUCAAAAGCUGCUGCGCAACAAAAGCUGGCUGCGGCUUCUCAAUUCAUGGCCGGUGCUUCCUUCCCCUACAACAAAUGCAUGAACUACUUUUUUCAACAACAAAGUGACUCCCAAAGAUCAGCUGCAGCUGCAUUGAUGAUGGGGGAUGAGCUGCACAAGUUUGGGCGGUGUAGACCAGAAAGGAGUGAUUUCUCUGCAAUGGGAUUAGGAGUGAAUCCUGGGUCUAGACAGAUAUACUUAACAUUUCCAGCUGACAGUACUUUUAGAGAAGAAGAUGUAUCCAAUUAUUUCAGUAUUUAUGGACCAGUUCAAGACGUGAGAAUACCAUACCAGCAGAAGAGAAUGUUUGGGUUUGUAACAUUUGUAUAUCCGGAGACAGUGAAGCUCAUAUUGGCCAAAGGGAACCCUCAUUUUGUCUGUGAUUCUCGUGUGCUUGUCAAGCCUUAUAAGGAGAAAGGAAAAAUUCCAGAAAAGAAGCAACAGCACCAACAGCAACAGAUGGAGAGGGGAGAGUAUUCUGCGUGUUCAAGCCCUUCAGCCCUUGAUUCUUCCCGCGAACCAUUCGAUCUCCAUCUUGGAGCAAGGAUGUUUUACAACACUCAAGAGAUGUUGUUGAGAAAGAAAUUAGAGGAACAAGCUGACUUGCAGCAAGCUAUUGAGCUUCACGGAAGAAGACUAAUGAAUUUGCAACUACUAGAUUUCAAGAACCAUCAGCAUAAUCAUCAUUAUCAUCAUGGUUUAUCUAGUGGGUCUCCCAUGCCUUCUCCAACUCUGGCUACCACUCCCAACAAUCAAAUCCUCAUUUUUCCUGCUGAUAGCAUUGAUCAAGAAGUCCCAGAAGAAAAUGGUGGCAGCCCAGUUGCAGCUUCCAAGGCAGAAGCUGCUGAUAAGCCGCAACAGCAGCAAGAAGUGAAGAUAGCUUGUAAUCACAACAAUGGAAAUGGAAAGAAUAUUGGUAUUAAAGAGGAAAAAGCUAAUAAUGAAGAAAAUGAUCUUCCAGAAAGUUUAGAGCACAUUCUCCCUGAUAACCUCUUUGCAUCGCCAAAAAAGUCAGCCGGUGAACAUGUCACAGCCUUCUCCACAGACACUGAUGAAAAAUGUGCAACUUCAACUACAUCAUGUUCUUCUGAUAACCCUUCCAUGCUCACUUCUGCAAUGACUACUCCACUUAAAUCAUGUUUUCUUCAAAUGUCCAGGUUCCCUUCUGGGCAUGGAACCAUUGGCAUGUAGUUGGCAAGAAGUUAAAGCAUGGCCAGCAAUUGGGGAUUGACUCUGUUAGGAUACAUACUGGGAAGCAUAUAUACUAGCAAGGAAGAAAGUAAAAAUUUGAGGAAAAAAAAAAGAAAAUCCUCUAGCUGUAUAGCCAAAACUAUACCCACAACAAAGAAGAAAAAAGAUCUGUAGACAAGAUCUCAGCAAGAUCACCAUCAUCGUCAAUACAUACUUCUUACAAUGAAUACAUAAUGCAUAGGUUAAAGACAGAUGAACUGAUUUAUGGGAGUGGGGUCUCUCCUUUCCUAUAUAGUGUAUUGUGUACCUCUCUCUUUCUCUCUCUCUCUAUCUCUAUAGGUGAGUGUGCUGGACUGGACCACUCAAGCAGCAGGAAGCAGUCAGAAGUGCAGAACAAAGACUAGUAACUCUUAUUAUCAUCAUCAUCAUCUUCAUAUAUUGUAAUUUACUCUUUUUCACUUUUUUUUUUUAAAGUUUUACUGUUUACCCUCCUAUAUAUGUGAGGUGAAAAAAAGAAAUUAUAAAGAAAUGAACUAUGUUCAGAGGAAAAGAAUAGAUUUAUGUCAGUGUAUAUGUGUAUAAAGAUAGGGCAGUGGUGUUAGCAGAAGUAUAACUACUAUACUGAUAUGGAGAACCCAGAAAAGAAAAGUUGAGAGUGUGAUGAUUCGUUUAAGUGGAGGGUAAAAGCUGUGUUAUUUUUCUUGUUGUCACAGUAUCUGUCUGUCAGCCAUUAGGGUUAAAUGUGAGAGAAAAUGGGGAAGAGGAGAGAAUAAAGUUGUUUGGAACCAAGAGAAAAAGUUAAAAGAGAAAAUGGGUAAAGGAGAAAGAAAAGAAAAGGUUGUUUCUUUCAUGUGAUUAAAGUUUACUUUAAGGGACUC